AUGAGCUGGUGUUGCCUCCCAAGAGCCAAGAAACAGCAACAGGAGAAGAAUCUCUACUUCCAUAGGCAACAGGAGAAUCUCAACUCUCAAACCAGCAUAAGCGGCAUUUCAGCUGAGAAGAACAUAAGGCUCUUCUCCUAUGCUCAGCUGAAAUCAGCAACCGACAACUUCGACCGAAACAACAAAGUCGGCCGAGGUGGUUUCGGGACAGUAUAUAAGGGAACCCUACCAAGCAAGCAAGAUGUCGCGGUCAAAGUUCUCUCUGCCGAAUCCAGGCAGGGCAUCAGAGAAUUCUUGACAGAAAUCGACGUUAUUAGCAACGUGAAGCACCCUAACCUUGUUGAAUUGAUCGGCUGUUGCGUCGAAGAAGAAAAUCGCAUUUUGGUGUAUGAGUACCUGGAGAACAGCAGCCUCGACCGUGCACUCUUGGCUUCUAACAGUGAUCCGGCCAAUUUUACUUGGAGCAUAAGGUCUUCCAUAUGCAUCGGUGUUGCCAGAGGUCUUGCGUACCUGCAUGAAGAGAUCCCAUCACCGAUCGUGCAUAGAGAUAUCAAGGCUAGCAAUAUACUCAUCGACAAGAAUUACGUACCCAAGAUCGGGGACUUCGGUCUGGCCAAACUAUUUCCGGAUAAUAUCACCCACAUCAGUACCCGAGUAGCUGGAACGACAGGUUACCUUGCACCUGAAUAUGCAUGGCAUGGUCAAUUGACUAAGAAAGCAGACAUAUACAGCUUCGGGGUCCUUGUAAUCGAGAUCGUCAGCGGCAAGAGUGGCUCGAGGAGCCUGCUGGCUGAUGACAAGUUUCUUCUAGAGAAGACUUGGGAGCUGUAUGAAGCAGGGAACCUCAAGGAACUGGUUGAUCCAGAUCUUGGGGAUUACCCUGAUGAGGAGGCCAUCAGGUUCAUCAAGGUGGCCCUCUUCUGCACCCAGGCGGCGGCGGCGCGCCGCCCUUCGAUGCUACAGGUGGUGAAGAUGUUGUCCAAGCCAAUCCGGAUCAACGAUAGAGAGCUGACAGCGCCGGGGUACAUCAGCGAGUACAAUAGCGGUGUCUCCAAGGCGACGGCCUCCAGCGACUCGAGGUUCAAGAACUCGACCACGGCGGAUGAUUCCGACAUGUUCAGCACCGUCGUGCCCCAGACAGUGACCGACGUCAGCCCUAGGUGA